CAUUUUAUGAUUUUAUCGUUUCAAGAAGGAAUAAAAAAUUUGAAGUCAGGUUUCAGCGGAUAUGCGGUAACUGUUCCUUAAACCUAGGGUUUGAAUUGUUUUGGUAGAAGAGAGGGUUUGCUUGAUAUUUCGUUCGGGAGUGUGAGAGAGAGAGAUGGCCAUCUAUGCCAUGAAUUUUGUAGCGAGGAAUCCAUUUCGUUGCUCUCCUGAGACAUCCCUAAAUCCUGUAAAAGCUCGGUUUUUUGCUGUUAGUUGCUCCGUUUCUGUCUCACCCGAUGGUGCUGCUGUUGGCUUGGGGGAAAGACCAUGGAAGGUAGCAGAUGCGAGACUUGUACUUGAAGAUGGUUCCAUAUGGAGAGCGAAGUCAUUUGGUGCUUCAGGAACCCAAGUUGGGGAGGUGGUUUUCAAUACAUCUCUGACAGGGUAUCAAGAAAUCCUUACGGACCCUAGUUAUUCUGGCCAGUUUGUCUUGAUGACAAACCCACACAUUGGGAAUACUGGUGUUAAUUUUGAUGAUGAAGAAUCAACACAAUGCUUCCUCGCUGGUUUAGUGAUUAGAAGUUUAAGUAUCAGUACCUCAAAUUGGCGAUGCAAGGAAAACCUUGGUAAUUACUUGGCACAAAGGAACAUCAUGGGAAUCUAUGAUGUGGAUACUAGAGCAAUUACACGAAGAUUAAGAGAAGAUGGAAGUCUUAUAGGUGUUCUCAGCACUGAAGAAUCCAAAACCGAUGAGGAACUGUUGGAACUGUCCCGCACAUGGGAUAUUGUUGGUGUUGAUUUGAUUAGUGGUGUCUCCUGCAAGGCCCCAUAUAAAUGGGUUAAUAAAACAGAUUCGAACUGGGAAUUCAAGAAUAAUGCUGGAAAUGGAGAAAAUUUUCAUGUUGUUGCUUACGAUUUUGGGAUCAAGCACAACAUACUAAGGCGCUUGGCAUCUUACGGAUGUGAAAUAACAGUUGUCCCUUCAACAUGGCCAGCUUCAAAGACACUAGAGAUGAAUCCAGAUGGAGUUCUUUUUAGCAAUGGCCCAGGAGAUCCAUCUGCCGUUCCUUAUGCUGUUGAAACAGUGAAGGAAAUUCUGGGAAAGGUUCCUGUUUAUGGAAUCUGCAUGGGUCACCAAUUGCUUGGGCAGGCAUUAGGUGGUAAAACCUUCAAAAUGAAGUUUGGCCAUCAUGGAGGAAACCACCCAGUUCGCAACCUUAGAAAUGGCUCUGUCGAGAUAAGUUCCCAGAACCAUAAUUAUGCAGUUGACCCUGCAUCUCUUCCAGAGGGUGUUGAAGUGACUCAUAUCAACCUGAAUGAUGGAAGUUGUGCUGGUCUUGCUUUCCCUGCUUUAAAUAUUAUGUCUCUGCAGUAUCACCCAGAAGCAUCUCCUGGACCUCAUGAUUCAGAUCCUGCUUUUGGUGAAUUCAUACAGUUGAUGAAGCAAGCAAAACAGAAAGCAUAAAGCAAAGGAAUAAAAUUAUCGAGUACUGCAACCGCCUGGCACAGAAGAUGGCGGUGGUUGUAAUUCUGGAAGAAGGAUUAAUAAGAAAAAGAAAAAAAAGACUUUUCCAUUUGUCCUGUGUCAUCAGUCUGAGAAUGAUGAUGAUAUCUUCUGGGAUUUUGUAUGCCAGUGUAGAGUACUGGGAGAGAGAAUAUUUAAAUAAAUAUCCUCACCCUACGCUAUUAAUUUUUAAUUUAAGAGUGUCAUUUUACUUUUUGCUGUAUGCCCUUGCCUUAGGCAUAGCGUUCUAUUGCUUUUAAACCUUUGCCUGAAAUUGCAUUGGUUAGAUCCCUGGACAUUGA